GCUUCUCUUCUUCUCUUCUUCGCUAUAUACACUCUUCCUUUCUUGUCACAGACGAUACAGUGUGAUUUCUGAAUAUCCAACCAAUGGUGCUUGAAGCUCUAGUUCCUCUCCUCGAGUGCGACACACAAUCUGUAAACGAAGACUAUUCACCUUCACUUGGCAAUGGAAUGAAGAAGAACAAGAACAACAACCACUGGAACCAUCACAAAAACCGUUGUUGUCCUUGUCCCUCCACCGAUAACUUGCUAGCAGAGGAGCUUUGGACUGAUGGACUCAUCUGCGCCUUCGAAUUCAUCCACCGCUCCCGGAACAUUCCUCCGGCAGCAGCAGUUCAAGAAGUAGCCAAGAAGAAACGGUUUCAAGGAAACCAGUGUGGUAAUAAUAAUAACAAUGGCUUUCAUGAAGAAGAACCAUUAUUGCAAGUGGAUGAUUUUGAUGGAAGCAAAGAGGGUAUGCUGCCAAGGAGUUAUUGGAGGCCAAUUGGUUGGGCUAGGAUUUCUGAACUUGUUCAGGAUGUGGAUAGUGAUGCUGAAUGGGCUUCACAGCCUCAGGAAUUCACUGAUGAUGAGAGUGAUGUUCCUGUUGCAGAUGUAGCUAGUCCUUAUUGGGAAAAGCCAGUGGGUCCAACUUGGUGGUGUCAUUUGGAUGCUGCUGAUCCUUAUGUUGCUGCUUGGUUUGCUAACUCUCACUGGUUGCAUCCUGCUAUAAGAAUUGCUUUGCAUGAUGAAAGUAGGUUAAUAAGCGAUCGAAUGAAACACCUACUAUAUGAGGUUCCCGUUCGAGUUGCUGGUGGAUUACUAUUUGAACUUUUAGGGCAAUCUGUUGGCGAUCCGUUUGCUGAGGAAGAUGAUAUCCCCAUUGUAUUACGAGCAUGGCAGGCACAGAACUUUUUGGUAACAGUUUUGCAUGUUAAGGGCUCUGCGUCGAAUAUCAAUGUGUUAGGUAUUUUAGAAGUUCAGGAACUACUGGCUGGUGGAGGUGCUAACAUUCCACGCAACAUUCAUGAGGUUGUAGCACACUUAGCUUGCCGACUCGCGCGAUGGGAUGAUAGGUUGUUCCGUAAACACAUCUUUGGCGCUGCAGAUGAAGUUGAAUUGAUGUUUAUGAACAGGAACCAUGAGGAUUUGCAUCUAUUCACUAUAAUAUUGAACCAAGAAAUUAGAAGAUUAUCAGCCCAGGUUAUAAGAGUGAAAUGGUCAAUCCAUGCACGAGAGGAAAUUGUUUUUGAACUUCUUCAACAGUUAAGAGGAAAUGUAACAAAAUCAUUGCUGCAAGGAAUAAUGAAGAGUACGAGGCAAAUGAUUGAGGAGCAAGAAGCAGUUCGAGGUCGCUUGUUCACUAUCCAAGAUGUAAUGCAAAGCACAGUCCGCGCAUGGUUGCAGGACAAAAGCCUCACGGUGACACAUAACUUAGGAGUGUUUGGGGGUUGUGGCCUUGUUCUUUCCAUAAUCACUGGACUAUUUGGCAUAAAUGUGGAUGGAAUCCCUGGAGAAGAAGAAGCUCCUUAUGCGUUUGCUCUCUUCUCUUUGAUCCUCUGUGUGUUAGGAGCAGUGCUAAUUGGAAUUGGAUUACUUUAUCUUGGGCUGAAAAAACCCAUCAUGGAGGAAAAUGUUGAAGUGAGAAAACUUGAGCUUCAAGAGCUGGUCAGGAUGUUCCAACAUGAAGCAGAAACUCAUGCCCAAGUUCGAAAAACUGUGCCUCAAAAGGAUGUUCCUAAAAAUGCAGUAACUAGGCCACCAAAUGGUGCAAAUCGUCCUUUCUUUUGGUCAAAAUUGUUCAGUAGAUAUUUUUAGUUUUCCUGUUUGGUUCAAGAUGAAGUAUCAUGUUACAUCUUUUUGUAAUACUUGAUCCAUACUUUAAUUCUACUCACAAGAAAGAGUGAGAUAAGAAGAGAACAGAGAGAAAUGAGUGAUAUGAUAGGUUAUGUGAUACGAAAAUGCAUAGAGAAAUAGGAAUUCAAAAUGAGUGAAAAUGAUAUGAAAAAGGA